AUGGAAUAUAUCUACCAGUGGCUCGUACGUGAUGACACUUUUGCCGAGGAGGUGUACGUGAAGUACAAUUUUUGCAAGCUAAGAAUUCUAGGCAUCUAUAAAGAUGUGUCGAAGGCUCCGCUUGCCAGCCGUGUGGGUUUCUAUGCCAUGGAGAUGUUCUUUUUGCUGCAGAUCGGCACCAUCGUGUGGGAUUUGGCUGGCGUGCUGAACGACAUUGGUCUGUUCGGGGAUGACAUGUGCAUUCUGGUCGGGUUACUGCUAACGGUGUGCAAGAAGUGGCACUGCGUUCUGAACAUUAACGAGUUGAGUGAGUGUGUCGAGCAGUUACAGACGUACCACGAACGCUAUCUGCAGCGUGGCGAAUGGUUUGUGCGCCGUAUGCGAGGACAAGAUUUGCAGGAGCGACUGCUGCAGGAUGCCUCGAAGCUGCUUGCAAUGGUGCUCGCUAGCUGCCUGAUGGUGAACGCUCUGUUUUCGAACGGUGAAACACUUAUCCUGCGGGCCACUUAUCCCUUCAGCACGACCACCACAUUCGGUUACGGCUGUGUGUUCAUUUGCCAAGCCGUGCUGAUUGUGUACGUGCUAUUCUGCAUGGUGCUUAUCGAUUGUAUCGGCGCCCAAAUUCUCAGCCAGCUGUCGCUACUGUUCCGCAUGCAGCGCAGGGAGUUUGAGUUGAUCGGCGCUGACCUUCAACUGCCUCCCGAUGGUACACUGCACGGUGAUGAGACGCUUCGCGAUGAGAUACACAACCUCAUAGCCUCCCAUCAGCAAUUACUUUCAUUUUGCGAUCGGCUGAAACGCCUGUACGAACCAAACAUUAUGGCCCAUUUCGUGUGCAGCAUGCUUAUUAUCUGUCUGACCGCGUUCGAGCUGAUGUUCGCCAAAGGAGAUCCGAUGCAGAUGAUUCGCUUCGGUGCAUAUAUGCUGACCGCGUUUUUUCAGAUCUUCGUGUGGAGCUUCUUCGGGAAUCGAGUUACCCAUAUGUCCACUGGCAUUAGCGAUGCGACGAUCAGAUGCAACUGGAUCGUGCUGGAUGGCAAGUUGAAGAAGGACCUACGCUUUACGACAAUGCGUUCCCAGAAACCCUUCAUAAUAGACGUGUACUGGUUGUUUCCGCUGACCUACGAAACAUUCAUAGCGAUUCUAAGCCGUUCCUACUCAAUAUUUACGCUGCUUCGUACAAUGAUUGAGUGA